AUGUUCCAGUUUCUGCUUUUCUGUUUCACUGCUGGACUCACAGACUUGUCUGCUCUUAAGAUGCUGGACGGACCUCUGACCUGCAACCAGCCGGGCCUUGCCAACUGCAGAAUUAAUAACUGCUCAGAUGAACAUAUUGUCGUACCCAAAAUGAGUGCUCCUACUGGCCCAGAUUCGUUGAACGUGGAAUUCUGGAUGGGAAAACGCAGGCUUGCUCCUGUUUUGAAUGUGACAUGGAAAAUAAAGCCUGAUUCAUCCAUGAAGGCACUUGAUGGAUCCCAAAUUAAGAUUAUAGAUCAGCAUACAAAUCAAAGUCUUUUUGUACACUUUAAUUACAAACUUAAACACGACAACAGAUUGCUGUACCGAGACGGCUCAAAGUGGACAUUUUCCUUGGAUGAAGUUGAGGCAGAGUUUUUCCACACAUACAUGGUGACCGUUUUUAAUUUGCCAGAACCUGAGAUUGGAGAUUAUAGGAAGAGUAAACCAAUUACCGUCCCAGGCUGUGGUGACGAAAGACUCCAGCAGGUCCAGAUGUGUCUGGAAAACGGUAGCCUGUGGGAUCAUCGCAUGUCUACUAAUGUGCUGACUAAUAAUAAUAUCAGAAUGUUGUCCAUAGUUGUGACGUUUGAGGCUCCGCAGUAUUCAGAGAAAUACAGAGUUUCCAUCCUGAACAGCGGUAUUCUUUAUUCAAAGAAUGUCUCAAAGGAAAAUGCAACAUCACUGAAUGUGACAUUUGAGUUUGAGCUGUGGCAGCUCAAGAAAUGUGAAAUAUCAAUAAUGAUCCAACCAUUUUUUAGGCAAUGCCAAAAUAACUGUUGGGGCCCCACUAAAACAAUUGAUUACUGCUCAUAUUAUCCAACACGGACUUGUCUUAUAAAGGUCACUGUUGGGCUGCUUCUAAUUGGUGGCUGUGUUGCUUGUUUACUGUGGAGAGCAUCUCAUAAAGAUCCCUUGAACACAUCUUUAGCUACUGCUAGAGAACAACCACAAGUAUUUCAAGUCAGAGAGAAAAAGCGUGUCCUCAUCAUUUACUCCCUUGACCACCCUUUAUACAAAAAUAUUGUUCUCAAGCUUUGUGCUUUCCUGAUGAACAAAUGUGGUACAGAGGUAGUCCUGGAUCUGCUGGAUUCUAGUAGACUGGGAGUGCUGGGAAAGAUCCAGUGGUUGGACUGUCACAAAGAGCAAAUUGAGAAAUCCUCUGCUAAGAUAUUAAUCCUGUGCUCACGAGGAGUACAAGCCAAGUGGAGAGCCAUGUGUGGUGAUAGACAGGUUUUUCUGAGAGAAGACGCCCGUUCAACUGCAGGUGACAUGCUCACACCAUCCCUCAGCCUCUUGCUUCCCCAUUUCAUCCAGUCCACAUCGUUCAAAAAGUACAUUGUGGCUUAUUUUGAUGGUGUUUCUUCUGAAGAAGACAUUCCUUCACCUUUUAACAUUACAGUACGAUACAAGCUAAUGAAACACUUUGAGGACGUCUUUUUCAGAAUCCUGGACGUAGAAAAACAUGAACCAGGCAGAGUGAAGAAAGUAGAAGGGCUUUCAGAAGACACAUACUAUCUGUGCCCCUCAGGCAGAGCCCUGCAUGAUGCUAUUGAGGCUUUCCGUGCAUACCAGCUGGAGCAUCCAAGGUGGUUUGAAGAGGAAUUACUGGAAAGCUUAGAACUGGAGUUUGAGGAGACUUCAUAUAAAAUCUCUAAAUACCCUGCAACAUUCACAAACCAAAUAACACACUGUGUUCUUGACCCUAAUCAAAUUAUCAGUCAUCACGUGCAGACAAAUGAAAGCGAUUUCACCACAGAUGAAACAAAGCUUUAUCUGUCGGAAAGUCUUCAAACAUUCCCCUCAAUGGAGAACAUGUGA